CACAUUUGUCAAAAACCGAUGUCAAACAAGAGGGCUGACGUCGGCCGGACCGACGUUAUCUUAAUGACAAAAAUUUGUCACAAUGUAACGUUUUCUGGAUAAUGAUAGCCGUAAAAACAUCUAUGGUUUCUAAAUUUCAGUGAAGCAUAUUCUUUACACGGUCCCCGUCUGCCCUAUGGAAUGGUGGCACAUCGGGCCCCUGGUCCUCGCGCUGCUGGUCUUCCUAGUGGCUGGCACCGUCAUCGAGCGACACGUGGAGUCUGCUGUGCUGCGCUUCGACGGGGAGUCUGCCCUAUGGAAUGGUGGCACAUCGGGCCCCUGGUCCUCGCGUUGCUGGUCUUCCUAGUGGCGGGCACCAUCGUCGAGCGACACGUGGAGUCAGCUGUACUGCGCUUCGUUAACCACCGCCAGCCCCAGUGCCAGAGCCAGGCCACAGUAGGAGUGACAGCCUGCGAUGCCCAGGUGCUGCGUCAGCAACAAGAUGAUUGGCUGCAUCAGCAGCUUCUGAAGCAUAAGAAGGAGUUGGAAGAGCAGGAACAGUUGCUGCGGAAACUGCAACAGGAAGAGUUGCAAGGAGAAGAGCAGUUGCAGCAGCAGGACGAAUUGCUGCAGCAGAGGUUGAUGCAGAAGAAAGAAGAGUUAGAAAAGCAGGAAUUGCACCAGAAACCGCCGAAGCAGGAGUUACAGAAAAAUGAGGAGGCGCAACAGCAACAGGAAUUGCUGGACCAAGAGCUGCCGCGGAAACAGAUGGAGUUCCAGAAGCUGCUAGAACAGCAGCACACUGAGACUCUGCAGGAGGUAAAGCCGAGUGAAAAGAAGAGUUUACCUAACACGAGCGUUACCCGUCAGUUAUCCGCAUCUCAAGCCGCACAGAAGCCCAAAGUAGUCUCGUCACACCUCCUGCAAGAGCCACCGUUGGUGCAAUCUUUACACCAACAAGCAGCGCAGCCUAUAAACCAGCAAUCAUUGCAACAGCUGCAAUCGCAGCAACGGAAAGAGCAAGAAACAAUGCAGGAAUCGCUGCAACAACAGCAACAGCAGCAGAUACAAGUACAAGGGCUGCUGGUGAAGCCGCAGUCGCAGCAGCACAGUGAUAGACAGCCAGCAUUGCCCUUCGUCGCCGUCUCCGAAAAAAGCAUCCUGAAACCCACAAGCAAGACGACCAUCGGCAGCAAAGCUAUGGACAUGUAGUUCAAUCCAAACACCUAAUCUUCCGUAUUACCUUCUUUCUAUAACUGUCCUAAUUUGUCGAACAUGGGCCCCGAAACAUCGGAACAUCAAGAAAUUCAACAGGACCAAUAUCACAAUAUCGGAAAGUUUAGCACAUACAUAAAAGAAAUGUAACAUAAAAGUAAUAAAAAUACGGUAAAAACAUAUUUCUUCAAAU